UCUUGUGAGCUAUAUAUUUCAUAGUCAGGUGGCAUCCCAGUACCAUCGCAGACAAAGCACUACGAACUCAACUCAGAGCUCGGCAAGUCGGGAGCUCCCCAGCUUUCCAGUAAAGAAAGGAAGAACCAGCCAUGAUCAGCGCCAAGAGGAUCGCUCAGCUGGCCAAGAAGUGGCAGAAGAUGGCGGCGCUCGGGAGGAAGCGCCUCGCCUGGGUGGCGUCAGCAGCGGCGCCGGAAGCCGACGAGUGCUGUGCAUCCGUGGCGAGCAGGGGCCACUGCGCGGUGUACACGGCCGACGGGGCGCGGUUCGAGGUGCCGCUCGCCUUCCUCAGCACCGCGGUCUUCGCGGAGCUCCUGCGGAUGUCGCAGGAGGAGUUCGGCUUCGCAGGCGGCGACGGCGGCAGGAUCACGCUGCCCUGCGACGCCGCGGUCAUGGAGUACGCCAUGUGCUUGCUCGGGAGAGGCGCCUCUGCCGAGCUGGAGCAGGCGUUCCUGAGCACCGUGGCGAUGCAGUGCUACCACCCUGCGAGCCGUGUGGCGCCGUGUGUAGCAGCUUGCUGUUAGUUGCAGCUGUACAAGUGAACGUAUAACAGUUAGUUCAUCAGUGUAGGUAGGAUGACAGAGAGGUGUUAUUCAGAGCCUUCUGAUCCUGCAAAAGAUGGUGUCAACGUGGCCAAGUAGCAGUGUUGUUCACUGUACACAAGGAUAUUGCACACUGAUCGCAGUUUAGGGGCAAUAUGUUUAUGCAGCACAAAAAUUCAGACCUGAAAGGAUACUGCCACUCCGUUGUCCAGCUGAACCAAAAUGGGCCAUCGUGACUCUUGCAUUUCCAAUU